GCGGUGUCAUCAGCUACGUGGGCUCCGUGGGGUCCCCCCCCCGCGCCAGCCCAGUCCCGCUCUGCAGCGAAGGCUCCGCCGGCGGCCCUCAGCCCGUCCCCCUCUACUUCCCCCCGUCGCCCACCGGCUCCCUGCAGGACUCCCGGCCCUACGGGGGCGGCCCGCUGCCCCCCCGCGAUGACGGCUCGCCUUCCUCCUCAUCCUCCUCCUCCUCCUCCUCCUCACCCUACGGCCCCUCGGCCGCAUUCCCCGGCGCAGUGGCGGUGGCAGCGGAUGAGCGACGCCGCGGUUCGCCUAAUAAGAACGGCACCAAUGUCACCAAGCUGAACGGCAUGGUGCUGCUCUGCAAGGUCUGCGGUGACGUCGCCUCUGGCUUCCACUACGGUGUGCACGCCUGCGAGGGCUGCAAGGGGUUCUUCCGCCGCAGCAUCCAGCAGAACAUCCAGUACAAGAAGUGCCUGAAGAAUGAGAACUGCUCCAUCGUCCGCAUCAACCGCAACCGCUGCCAGCAGUGCCGCUUCAAGAAGUGCCUGCUGGUCGGCAUGUCCCGCGACGGUGAGCCGGGACCCCCCCGCGGGGCUGGGACACUCCCUGGGGUGGAGCCCCCCAUGCCUGGGACCCGGGUCAGGGUUGGAACACCCCUGGAGCUGUGACCCCCCUCCAUGGGCUGGGAUUCUCUACAGACAUGGGACCCCCCUCUCCUCGGGCUGGGACCCAAACCCCACCCCAGAGUUGGGACACCCCCACAGGGCCGGGACCCCUUCCCAGGGCCGGGAUCCCUACCCUGACUGUGCCUCCCCCCUCCCAGUAGCACCGGGACGCUCCUAUAAGGCUGGGACCCCCCCAAGGCUGUGCACUCCUCUGGGCGCGGUGCCCCGGGUGCUGCACCCACCCCAUUCUGUG